AUGCCGGCAACAGCGGCUUUGACACCGCCACGGCGAUCGACGCGCGUGGCCUCGCUGGCCCGGUUCCGAUACCGCGAAGAUGCAGACAAAGAAGAAAACAAGGACGAUGGUGUCGACAUCAAGCAAGAGGGGGGUGACAGCGACGACGACGUCAGCAGUCUGUCGGACUUGUCCUUUGGCAGCGACAUUGAGGAUGCCAUAGUGGGACCCCGACGACGAGGGGGUGCUUCGAGCAAGACGAAAGCGGGCAGUGCAAGAGAAGAGGCGGUGACGGGCAAGCGCAAGCGAGCAGCCACGACGACGACGACGACGACCAGCGUACGUGCUCUGCCAGACCGGAAGAAGCAGACCAAAUCUACACGGGAGCCCGACGAGACGGACAGGGGCCGGGUCAAGCGCGAGUUAGAGGGCGACUCUUCCGAUGCGGACAAUACAACCAAGCCGCGGCGAGUACGCAAGCCAGCGCGCGUGAUCCGAGGCGUGGCAGGCGUGGGGCAGGACAAGGUAGAAGCACCGACGGACUGGGAGGAGGUGUACGGGCUGGUGAAGGCGAUGCGACAGGCGGGCGGGGCGGCGGCGGAGGCGGCGGUGGACACGAUGGGGUGCGAGCGGCUGGCGCUGGCGGAUGCGAGCGCGCGCGACCGGCGGUUCCACACGCUGGUGGCGCUGAUGCUGAGCUCACAGACCAAGGACACGGUCAACGCGGUGGCCAUGGCCCGGCUGCAGGCCGAGCUGCCGGCACACCGACCGGGGGCACCGGCCGGGCUCAACCUCGAGAACAUGCUGGCGGUCGAGCCGGCCGAGCUGAACCGGCUCAUCUGGCAGGUCGGCUUCCACAACAACAAGACGCGCUACCUCAAACAGGCGGCCGAGCAGCUGCGCGAUCGCUGGGACGGCGAUAUCCCGCCGACGGCCGACGGGCUCAUGGCGCUGCCCGGCGUCGGACCCAAGAUGGCCUACCUCUGCCUCUCGGCCGAGCAUGGCUGGAACCGGGUCGAGGGCAUCGGCGUCGACGUCCAUGUUCACCGCAUCACCAACCUAUGGGGUUGGCAGCGCCCCGGAUCGCCUGCCGCCAAGACCCCCGAGUCCACCCGGCUCGCCCUCCAGAGCUGGCUGCCCCGUGACCGCUGGAAGGAGCUCAACUGGCUGCUCGUCGGCUUCGGCCAGAAGGUCUGCCUGCCUCAGGGCGCCAAAUGCGGCGUCUGCACCGUCGGCCUCCGCGGCCUCUGUCCGGCAGCCGACCGCAAGAAGGUCGCCGAGGGCCGGCGCCGGCUGCAGGAGGCCAAGGAUGUCAAGGAUGUGGCAAUCAAGGAAGAAGCAGUCACACAUCAGGUAACAGUCAAGGAGGAGCCAAUCGAGAUAACAGUAAAGCAUGAGGACGUUUAG